ACAGUCAAGUGACCGUAAUGGCAGGACACGCCCUUUCCCUUGCUAGGAGGAUGUCGCCAGUGACUGGAUGUGAGCUGCUCAUUGUGUGAGUGCUUAUCGUGUGAGUGUUUGUGUAGAGCGGCCGGGAGACGUUAGAGGUUGGCACAAUCUAUACGGCCAGAUGAUGGCGGCUGUUCCGGGAGAGACAAUUAACGGGGCGGCGAUGACUGCAUCCCAGAGGAGAGCUGAGAUCCGGCGCAGGAAGUUGAUGAGUAACUCUGAGGAGAGAAUGAACCGGAUUAUGGGGAUCCACAAGCCAGGGAACAUCGAUGAACUUUGCUUUGACAGACUCGAUAAAUCUGAUCCACUCUCCUUAUCUUCCUUGACCAAGAGAAGUGACAUUCUUUCUGGGGAUGCCGUCCUUUCAGCCGAGCUCCACUGUAGCAGUGCAGAGGGCAAGGAACCUUCUGUUGGAGAAAAGAUGGACUACUUAAAGAAUUCUGAUGUCAGAGGCGACAGCAAUGGAGUGCGAAACAGAACAGAUGUGCCUUCGGAGUCCACCCCAAGAGGUUUAGACGAGUACUUUUCGAGGUUUGACGAGGCCAUGAAACUUCGGAACCAAUUAAAUAGCGAAAAGCCAAGUGCAGACAACGGGAACGGAGUGGAUGAGUUGGACUCUUUCCGCAUAUUUAGACUAGUGGGCAGUGCCCUCCUUGCUUUUGCUGUCCGGAUGUUUGUGUGCAAGUACUUGUCCAUAUUUGCACCAUUCCUAACACUACAACUUGCAUUUAUGGGAUUGUCAAAAUAUUUUCCUAAGGGUGAAAAGAAAGUGAAGACAACUGUACUUACUGCUGCCCUUCUUUUGUCAGGGAUUCCCUCUGAACUCCUAAACCGUUCAAUGGAUACUUAUAGCAAGAUGGCAGAUGUUUUUACUGACCUCUGUGUCUACUUGUUUACAUUCAUCUUUUGUCAUGAAUUACUCUUAUAUUAUGGCUCUGAAAUACCUUGUUAGCUCGCCGUAGAACAAAAGAUAAUGAAAUAACUGGAAAAAAGUAGUUCUUUGGUUAUACAGUCUCCAUUUUACUGAGGGAUGGGACAUGUUUCCAAGGCUUAUUUAAUUUUUUGCAACGCUUAUAUCCAUUUGGCAAAUGUCUUAAGAUUUUUCAGUGUAGAGUGUGCACCCCUAAGGUUGGGAUCAUUUAAAAAGAUCCUUAACACAAAUAUCAGAUCCAAUGCAGAGGAAUUGAAUGUUACCUUGGUGUAUUUUUAUUUUUAUUUUUGCCCUUUGUUGUCAGCAUUGUGUUAGGUGAUUCUUUCUUUCUCACUAAGCACCAGUUCAAUAACUACAUAAACUAUAUUGUAAAAAAAAAAGUUCUUCCGUUUAUUGCCUGUAAAUAAGUAAGACAGACCGUAAAAUAAAUGUAGCCUAAUGACCAUA